AUGGCCAUGAAUCAGAUCCGCGGCCACAACAUCUACAUCGGAGGCAUCCUGUCGCUCAAGAAUCAGGCCGCCCUGUCCAGAGCCAAUAUCACGCACAUCGUCUCUGUCCUGCGUCUGAACCAGGCAGACGAGCUCCUGGCUCCCUUCCAGCGCCAUGUCAUCGAGGUCGACGAUGUCAGCGACGAGGAUCUACUUGUCCACCUGCCCGCCGCCGUCCGCUUCAUCCAGUCCGGUCUAGAUGCUGGAGGAUCCGUCCUGGUCCAUUGUAAUGCUGGCUCCAGCGCGAUGGGUAAAUCCCGCUCUGCGACCGUCUGCAUCGCCUACCUUCUCUCUCGCCAGCCCGCCGUGCUGACUCCCCAGUCCGCUCUGGAAAUCCUGAGAGAGAGCCGACCACUCUGCGAGCCCAAUGAGGGCUUCAUGGAACAGCUCGCGCUCUAUCACAAAAUGGGCUGUCCGGAGGAGGAUAUCACCGACAACAAUCACCUCUACAGCCGGUGGUUAUACCACCGGGAAGUGCAGGAUAGUGUCGCUUGCGGGCGUGCGCCCGACAUGCAGGCCGUUCUGUUCGAAGAUGACAGCAAGGCGAGUCAGGCGUCCGGUGCAAACAACACAGAGAUCAAGUGCCGGAAGUGUCGACGCACGCUAGCGACGACCUCGUUCGUUAUUCCCCACGAGCAGAAGAGCAAGCCAUCGUCGACAACAGAGUGUGCGCAUGUCUUCUUACACCCGCUGACGUGGAUGAAGCCGUCGCUGUUUCCGGGAUCCUCAUCUUCGACCUCAUCUUCCCCCUCCGUCUACGGCUCGCAUCCGGCCGACGCCCCCUUGUCUGGCCGUCUGACGUGUCCAGGCUGUUCCGCAAACAUCGGCAAGUUCGCAUGGCAGGGCAUGCAGUGCAGCUGUGGCCACUGGGUGGUUCCCGCGAUCGGAGUUGCCAAGGCGCGGGUCGACGUCGUGACCCGCGUCAAUCUGCGAGAGGGAAAUACUAAUAAUACCGGCCUCCCGCCCGCCUCGUUGGGCAUCCGGUUACCUCCGGGGAUGAGGUCGCAUGCUCCAGAGUCAGGACGGGGGAGCCUUUAA